AAGGCUUCUCAUCGUCGCCAUUUUGUAAUAGUGUUUGAAGAUGCUGUUUGUUUCGACAUUUUGUGAGAACUGAGAAUUAGUUUCACCUUUAUUUUGUACCUGAAAAAUGACACAGUUUCUGCCACCUAAUCUGUUAGCACUUUUUGCUCCGCGGGAUCCUAUACCUUAUUUACCACCCGUUAGCAAGCUUCCACAUGAGAAGAAAAAUGGAGGCUAUAUCGGCGUUGGAGGUUUUCUUAAAUAUUUUGAGGAUCCCAAAGAUACACCACCACCAGUACGUGUGGAAACAAGAGAAGAACGUCUUGAACGAAGAAGAAGAGAACGUGCAGAACAAGUGGCAUAUAAAUUAGAACAAGAAAUUGCAGUAUGGGAUCCUGCUGGUAUUCCAAAUGUAACAGCAGAUCCUUUUAAAACUCUUUUUGUAGCUCGAAUAAACUAUGAUACAUCUGAAUCCAAACUUAGAAGGGAAUUUGAAGUAUACGGUCCAGUAAAAAAGAUAGUGGUAAUUCACAAUACAAUAAAUGGCAAACCUAGGGGAUAUGCUUUCAUUGAGUAUGAGCACGAAAGAGAUAUGCACUCUGCUUAUAAGCAUGCGGAUGGUAAGAAAAUAGAUGGUCGGAGAGUAUUGGUUGACGUGGAACGAGCUAGGACGGUGAAAGGAUGGUUACCGCGAAGGCUUGGCGGUGGACUUGGUGGUACUCGAAGAGGUGGACCCGAUGUUAACAUUAAACAUUCUGGUCGAGAAGAUAACGAAAGAGAACGAGAACGGUAUCGUUUGGAACGAGAGAGGGAGAAUUCUGGACGCCUUGAUAGAGACAGAGACCGUGAUCGUUUGGACAGGGAGCGUAGAAGAUCGCGAGAUCGUAAAAGAAGAACAAGAAGUAGGUCGCGUGAUCGAAAACGUAGGCGAAGUCGCGAUCGUUUACCUGAUCCAGACAUUGAAGAGAUUCAGAGAGACGAACGGCCCCGGGAUAGGAGAGAUCGUGAUCGUGAACGUGAUCGUGAACGGGAUCGUAAGAGGAGACGUUCUAGAAGUACCGAUCGUGAUCGUGACAGAGACCGUAAGAGAGACAAGCGUGACCGUGAUCGCGAACGUAGAGAUCGGAAAGAUCGGGGUGAUCGUCAAGAGGAAGAUACAAAAGAAAUCCGAAUUAAAGAGGAACCUUUGGAUGAUUACCCUGAUUAUAGCAAUACUUUCUCAACGUCUGGAUCUUACUUUACCGCUGUAAAAUACGAAGACGAUAAUGAUCAAGAAGUAGAAGAGAAGUAUAGAAUUCCAGAAGGUCGUCCAGAUCCCCCUCCCUAUAAUAAUUAUGACUCCGUACAAGAUUAUUGAUCUCGAUAAAAUAUCUCUUGUAUUGUUCUUUUUCGUUACCACACACGUCACGAUGAAUUAAUGCAAUUGCCAAUAAUGUAUUGUAUUUCCUAUUGUUAUUAGUGUAAUAUCGAAACUCAUCACAUUUGAGUAUUUAGUUUCUGUAUACUUUACAGCGACCAGAUACUCAAGUAAGGAUAUUGCAAGGUAAGCAGAUUUGGACUUCUGAUUUAUAUGCAGUUAUUUCUUAAUACUUUGUUAAUUCGAAAUUUUCUAUAUUUAUGGUUGGUAUGAAGGUAAUUUGUGUAAAUGAAUUUAGGCGAAUUAAAUGUCAGAAUUUAAAAAUUUCAAUUAUUGUAGCAGUUUGUGUAACACCUCGCAAUAUGGACGUGACAGAUCCAUAAAUAUUCAAACUUUAUUACGACUAUUAUGAUUUCAAUAUUCUCUAUAUGUGUACAUAAAUAUAUAUGAAACGUAAUAACGUAAAAUUAGUUCUUUCAUGACUGCUGCAUGUAUAUUUAUAUAUGCAAAUAAAAUAAAUUACAUACUUAA